AUUUUUUUGUUGCAAAUUUUGUUUCUGAUUUCAUCGGCAGAUUGAUACGUGGACAUACAAUCUUAAGAAUAUAAAUAGUGGAACUGUCGAAGCGCGUGCUGCAGUUGCAAAGGCCGUCUCAUUUUCUAUCGCGCCUCCAUUCACUUCUGUCUGCAAGUUUGAAGCUCCUCACAUUCCCUCCACUUUUCCUGUGAACAAGUGUUAUACUGAAGCUUCUGAACGGGAUGGAGACCGGAGAGGGAGAGAAGAACAAGCCUACUGCGGAUUCUCCGACUUCUGUGCUUGAAGAUGAGGAUGAAGUGUUCCUUGAUGCAAAAAAUGGAGAUACUUCUAAUGUAUCUCAAGCAAUGCUGAGAGAAGAAGAGAUACUCUCUGAAAAUCGUCUAAAGGAGGAGGAAGAGGAAAACGAUCCAAACAAGACAGAUGAGUUGAGCGAAACUCAGUUUUCAAGGCUGGAAGAGCUUCUCACACAGACACAACUUUAUUCAGAAUUUCUGUUUGAGAAAAUGGAUGACAUAACCGUGAAUGCAGCUGAAGAAGAUGAAGACAAAACUCUUGCAGGAAAUAAGAGAGGUCGUGGUAGAAAGAAAAAAACCACCUACAACAAUAAAAAGGCAAAGCGAGCUGUUGCAGCAAUGCUGACAAGAUCUAAAGAAGGUGACUCCUCAGACUAUUCAUCCCUUACUGAGGAGGAGAGAGCUGAAAAAGAGCAGUCUGAGCUUGUACCAUUGCUGACUGGUGGGAAAUUGAAGUCUUAUCAAAUUAAAGGAGUGAAAUGGAUGAUCUCCUUGUGGCAAAAUGGAUUGAAUGGAAUCCUUGCUGAUCAAAUGGGACUUGGAAAGACAAUUCAAACAAUUGCUUUUCUUGCGCACUUGAAAGGAAAUGGCUUGCAUGGACCUUAUCUUGUCAUUGCCCCUCUUUCUACUCUUUCAAAUUGGCUGAAUGAGAUUAAUAGGUUUGUGCCAUCAAUAAAUGCAAUAAUCUACCAUGGUGACAAGAAGGAAAGAGAUGAGUUACGAAGAAAGCACAUGCCCAGGACAAUAGGUGCCAAGUUCCCCAUUGUAAUUACAUCCUAUGAAGUUGUGUUAUCUGAUGCAAGAAAGCAUUUGAGGCAUUAUAGUUGGAAAUAUCUUGUGGUUGAUGAGGGGCACAGGUUGAAAAACUCGAAAUGCAAAUUGUUGAAGGAAUUGAAACUCUUACCUGUAGAAAAUAAGCUCCUUUUAACUGGAACACCUCUACAAAACAACUUGGCAGAACUUUGGUCGCUGUUGAAUUUCAUUCUACCUGAUAUAUUCUCAUCUCAUGAUGAAUUUGAGUCAUGGUUUAACUUCUGUGGUAAGGGAAAUAAUGAAGAUUCGAAUGAAGAUUUGGCAGAGAAGCGAAAAGCACAGGUCGUGGCAAAACUACAUGGAAUAUUGCGCCCUUUUCUUCUACGGAGAAUAAAAGCAGAUGUUGAGCAAAUGCUCCCUCGGAAGAAAGAAAUAAUUUUAUAUGCCACUGUGACUGAACACCAGAAGAAUUUCCAGGAGCAUCUUAUCAAUAAGACUCUGGAAGGCCAUCUGAUUGAGAAUGUUUCAAAUAUGCAUGGUUUCAAAGGAAAGCUUAACAAUCUGAUGGUUCAACUUCGGAAGAAUUGCAACCAUCCUGACCUCUUGGAGUCUCAAUUUGAUGGUUCUUUUCUCUUCCCUCCUGUGGAGCAAAUAGUUGCGCAGUGUGGCAAGUUUCAGUUACUAGAUAAACUGGUUGGAAAAUUGCUUGCUCGAAAACACAAGGUUCUGAUAUUUUCUCAGUGGACCAAAAUGUUGGACAUAAUUGAGUACUAUUUUAGUGAAAAGAAUUUUGAAGUCUGUAGAAUUGAUGGCAGUGUCAAGUUGGAUGAAAGGAGAAGACAGAUUAACGAGUUCAAUGACGUGAACAGCACUUGUAGAAUAUUCCUCCUUAGCACUAGAGCUGGUGGGUUGGGCAUUAAUCUCACUGCUGCUGACACCUGCAUUUUAUAUGACAGUGACUGGAACCCCCAGAUGGAUCUACAGGCAAUGGAUCGAUGCCAUAGAAUAGGUCAGACAAAACCUGUUCAUGUUUACAGGCUUGCAACUGCCCAAUCUGUCGAGGGUCGGAUUCUGAAAAGAGCUUUUAGUAAGUUAAAGCUUGAGCAUGUGGUGAUUGAGAAAGGACAAUUCCAACAGGAGCGAAGCAAUCCUACUAUCGUGCUGUUAUGUUUCAGGAAGAGGACUUGCUGGCUCUUCUGCGGGAGGAAGAAAACGCUGAAGAUAAGCUGGUGCAGACAGAUAUCAGCGACGAAGACCUAGAAAGAGUGAUGGACCGUAGUGAUUUGGAAGCUGUUCAUUCAAAGUUAAAUGGGAAGCCUCAGCAGGCAUGUCCAAAUGCCCUUCCUCUUAAAGGACCCGGGUGGGAGGUGGUUCUUCCUACAGCAACUGGAGGCAUGCUCUCUGGCCUCAACAACUGAUGUGCUGGUUUAUGGUUUGUGGAAGUGACUUUUUUUUGUGGGAGUAUAGAACAAGGAAGGUUAUGUUAUCCUCAUUUUCCUAAUCUCUGAGAGGAUUACAUCCAGGGUGGGAAUCUCGGUAGAAUUUUGUAAAUGGGAAGCUGAAAACUGAAGAUGGUGCCUGGUUAGGCAAAACUUAAACUUAUUUUUGGUGGUACAGAUUUCAAUGUGAAAUCUAGGGUGAAUUGAGACAGUGAUGACUUAAUAUCAAGUAGAAUCAAGCUCUAUCGAGUUUGGCCUAGGUUUUGGAUGUUUGUUAUUUUACUACCUUUGAGAAUGUCAAGUUUGGCAAAUGAGAUUUUGACUUCUGACUUGAUGAUCUAAUGAUUAUAUUUCUAA